CUUUGAUCACAAAAAUGGCUUCUUGUCCUUGGUGUCACGACCGUCCUUGAGGUUCUCUUCAUGUUCAUGCGGGCUGCCUGUAAACCGAGACGACCUUGACGCUAUCGACGAUUUCGGAGCUUCUUGUCUCCACUUCUUAUCCGAGCACCUUGAUUUUCCAACUCCUUUGUGGUGCAGAACUCCUUUGCUGUGCACUAGGAGAAGACUCGUCCGUAUCACCGUUUUCUUCAACUACACCUCACUUGCAGAAAGAUGCCGCCCAAAGGAGGAAACGUGA